AUGCUAGUGGCUUCGGAGGGAAACUUGGGCCACAAGCGCAGCACCGUACGCCACUUCGCGCCUCAUCUAUCCGAUGACACGUUGACGGUCCAAGAGCGCAGAUAUUUUGCGCUCGGGCUGGCGCGCGUACUGCUAGUAUUCGUGGUGCCGUCCAGCAUCGUCUUCUGCACACGCGAUUGGUUUGUGGACACGAUCGUGUUCCUGGUGGUGGUGCUUGUGUGUCUAGUGGAGCUGGCGCUGGCAUUGUACCGAUACUUUGUGUUAUGGCCAGAAGGAUUGCAGAUGCGCUGGGCCUACUGGAUGGAGAUCGUCCAGGCGGAAGAUCAGUACCGACUCAGGAUUUUGGGCUACUACAUCCGCAAGAUUGACAAAUUCGUGGGCCGCUUUCCAACGUCACUAAGUCCAAGCAAUAUCAAAGGCAACUAUCGCAAACCACGAGAAGGCGGGAUGCGCACCUGGGCGUUCUACUUGCUGUCAAUUGGCAGUGGACUUGUCGUACUGCGCUACGCCAAGUUGCACCUAGUUGAGCUGCCUCAAGUUCUAGCGCUUCGUGGUCACCUCGAGUUUGCGGUGGAUAGCCUUUUGAAUGCAGCAGAGUCCGUCCCAUUCGCACGUACAAUGCCAUCGUACACUGAAGAUAACAGUGACCACAUCGUCAAGGUUAAUGUAGAAUAA